AUUCAUAUAUAACGCUCGAGACACUGGCAGGAGGGUUAGUUGUAUGGAUUCCAAGAAUUUGGAUCAGCAGGUCCUUAUAACAUCAUGAUGGGGACGGGGCUGGGUGCUGUGCUGUGGUCGCUGAGCUGUGUGACUAGUAUCCUUACGAUAAAACUUACACAUCAACGACAAUGUGAGUUAUUUGAUAUGACUCUUGACGUUAUUGCUGUACAUACGGCACUCACUUUCACAUACGCAAUCAUCCCUUGCUUCAUACAACGUUCACCUUUGAUUGAUCAUAAUUCUCCAUCAGCGUAUUUCCCCUCGAACAAUGAUUCAAUCUCCCUAGUAAGACUGAAGUCAGCUGGAUCUCUUAUUUACGGUUCUACUUACAUUUCCCUGACUAUUGUGCCUUUCCCGUUCCUAGUCCAAGUUUCUUCAUUGGAGUAGUAGAUGCUUCACGACGCUGACUGGACGGC